AUGCCGCCGCGACGCUCCUCCUGCUUAGCGAGUUCCUCCUCGGGUAAAGCUCCGGCAACACCUCCGUUAAUCACCGUCUCUUUCGCUCCUCGUCAAACUCGCUCCACCACCAGACGGGCCAUUGUCGUCGCUCGUGAAGCUCCACCGGUGCCGGAAUAUCAACAACCUACUGACAUUCUUGAGGUUAGUUCUGAUUUCCAUGGUACAAUGAAAUAUAAUGCUGCAUUUGUUGCUGAUGAAGGCGAAAUUGGGGAUUUUCCUGACAAUAGCCAAAUUGCGGUUGAAAAUCUGCGUACCCAGGACCCCGAGUAUACACCUUCACUACCAAUCGACUACCGUGCCGCUUCUCCAGUUCCGGGUGUGCAAUCUGUCUCGACUCAAAAGCAGAGGAUGAAGGUCAUUUUUCCAUCUCAACGAGUCACCCGGUCAGCCAGUAGACUUCAACAAUCUGCACCUACUACUAGCCCGCGCCGACAGUCACCUGCUACUGCCCCGCGACCUGCUCAACCUGCUACUGCCGGUCAAAAUCCGUUUCAAGCAAACUCUACUACUGAUGCUUUCUCGUUUAAAUUUUAUUAUGCUGCUUUGGACUUUGCUUGGAAACACAUUUCUGCUAAGAAUUUUAUUGGCCAGAGGAAAUUAUUACUUAAGGAUUUUGUUUCUACACCAGGCCUAUGUGACAUUUUACACUCUGCUAAAUUGUUUCAGACUGUGGUCAAGGUAAAAAAAUUUGUUCGUUUUGUUGUGUGUGAACUUUAUGCCAAUCUUGUGCCUGAAUUGAUUAGAUUUGGUCAAGCCUAUGUUAGGGGACGCAUGUAUGCUUUUAAUCCUAUGGUUAUCAAUCAGUUUUUUGGGUCAUUUGAUUAUGAUGAUGAUUAUACUGAGGAUAUGGAUGUGGUCACUAGAAGGCUAACAGGUGGUACACGGGUUAGAUGGGUGAAAAAGGACAUUAUUAAAGUUGUGGAAUUGACCUCUACUUUUGCCUAUCUGCACAAAAUUGCGUACUCAAACUGGAUGCCUACGACACAGAAGGGUUAUGUAUAA